CAAUGAUUUCAAUGUAGAUGUAGAAUUCGAAAUCGAAAACAACUUGACGAGGCUUGAACGGGUUCGUUCCCAAAUUUUGUCAAAAUCUGCUGAAUUCGCACUUUAGCAGCUCAAAAAUGAAAUGAGUCUAAACCUGGUAUUAUAAUCCUUAUCGCAAUUAAAUUGAUUUUCAUCGGGAACACCAUAUUAAAACGUUAAAAGUAGAAAUGAACACCAGCACGUACCAAGUCAAUUCUCCGGACACUUCGAGCGGGGAGAGCCACCUUAAGACGUCCAACUACGAACAAACAGUCCAUCAACUGGAUAUCUACUAUGGCACAGUGAAGAGACAACUGUUGCGGUACCAGAGCUGCAUCAAUGGCCUUUUCCCCGUGGUUUCCAAUGACCUGACCGUGGGCAGCGUGCGGGACAGUGUCUACUGCGCUGCUGCAGUCUGGAGUUUGUACCAGGCCUACCGGAGAAUUGAUGAUGAUCGAGGCAAGUCAUAUGAGCUGGGCCAGUCAGCUGUCAAAUGCAUGCGAGGCAUUUUGGAGUGUUGGAUCAAGCAGGCGCCCAGGGUCGAGCAAUUUAAAAAGAACCAAUCCUUGCAACACGCCCUGCACUGCAAGUUCCACCUUACCACAGGCGCUCAAAUCUUUGCCGAGAACGAAUACAACCACCUCCAAAUUGAUGUGGUGUCCCUGUACCUGAUCUUCCUGGUGCAGAUGAUCACGUCGGGGCUGCAGAUUGUGUACACUAAGGACGAGGUGACCUUUGUCCAGAAUUUGGUGUAUUAUGUUGAGCGGGCUUAUCGAACGCCGGACUUUGGCAUGUGGGAACGGGGCACCAAGUACAACGAUGGCUCUCCGGAAAUCCACGCCAGCUCGAUCGGCAUUGCAAAGUCAGCCCUCGAAGCCAUCAACGGGUGCAACCUGUUCGGAGACAAGGGAGCCUCCUGGUCUGUCGUCUACGUUGACAUCGACGCCCACAACCGGAAUAGAUCAAUCUUUGAGACGCUUCUGCCCAGGGAGAGCAGCUCAAAGGAAGUGGACGUUUCAUUGCUGCCGACCAUUUCCUUUCCAGCCUUUGCCUCUCAUGACGAACACCUGUUGGCCAAGACCAAGAGCAACAUUCAGAAGCUCAGGGGUAAAUACGGCUUUAAGAGGUUUUCCAGGGACGGCUUCAAGUGUCCUUUGGAGGACCCCUGCCAGAGGUUCUACAAGGAAGGCCAGACCAAAGACUUUGAGGGAAUCGAGUGCGAGUGGCCACUCUUCUACAUAUACAUGAUCAUCGAUGGGGUCUUCAGGAAUCUGCCUGAACAAGUGGAGGAGUUUCAGAAUCUUCUGCGUCCUCGAAUCAGUACGGACAGCCAUAGAGAUCCUGUGAUUCCAAUGUACUUUGCUGUUCAGCCUGGCUACGAGGAUGCAGAAAAGGCUGAGCCUGGCAGCCAAAUUCGAAGAGGGGCUCCAUCAAACGGAUACCACUUGUGGUCACAGGCGCUCUUUGUGAUUGCGCAGUUGCUGACUGGUGGCCUUUUGCACAUCAACGAACUUGAUCCCAUCAGGAGGUACCUACCCUCUUAUAACAGACCCAGGAAGGGGGGAAGAUACUCGGCUUUUCAGGCAAAAUCUUCAAAUGGAACAGCAACUGAUUUGGUUGUGCAAGUGGUGCUGAUUGCUGAGUCGAUGCGGCUGCAGGCUAUGAUGGCCACCUACGGCAUCCAAACGCAGACCCCUCAUGAGGUCGAGCCUGUCCAGAUCUGCUCCUCGUCUCAACUGGUCAAAAUCUACCAGCAUCUGGGCGUCAACAAGCAGCUCGGCCUCGAAGGUCGCCCGUCCAGACCCAUCGGCGCACUUGGCACUAGCAAAAUUUACAGGGUUUGUGGGAAGACUGUUUUGUGCUACCCUUUAAUAUUUGAGGUCUCAGAGUUUUAUCUGUAUCGAGACAUGGCGCUUUUGAUUGAUGACAUAAAAACCGAGCUGCAAUUCGUUGGCAGGUAUUGGCGCCUUUCUGGUCGUCCGACUGCCUGUCUCUUGAUCAGGGAGGAGCACAUGAGAGACCCUCAAUUCAAGGAAAUGCUGGAUCUGUUGGCCAUGUUGAAAAAGGGGCACUGUGAUGGUUUAAAAGUUAGAGUUGGACGUCUUCAGAAUCUCAUUUCAAGCUCUUGCAUUGAGCAUCUUGAUUUCAUGAACAAAAUUGAGGAUGAAAUCGAAAUCAAGCCUUUCAAGCAAAUUGAACACGAGUACAUCGGCUACCAGAGUUUGACUGAUGUUCCGAAAGUCCUUGAAUAUAGUGAAAAAGCAAAAGAUAUAACUGACUUUACUGACCGUCCGACUUGGGACAUUGUUGAGGCCAUCAGAAAUACGGACGGUAUCUACGCCAAAAGUAAACUGAUCGGCGUCCUUCUUCAGAGGGAGGGGCCCCACUAUGAGUACAGUGGUCUUACUGUUUAUGAGCAUUUAAGAGGGUUGUACCACCACGCAGGGUGUCUACACUGCUGGCAGGUGGUUCGAUACUGCAGCAGUUUGUUAGGACACACGGUGGACAGCAUCAGUCCUUUCAUCACGGCGGUGCUGGUGCAUGGCAAGCAACUGACGGUGGGCGUGCCUGGCGAGCAGGAGACAGUGUUCGACAAGCCGAUGACUCCUGCCGAGAUUCGCAAGGUGCUCUAUUCGACGGUGCAGCCGUUAGACGUGAUCGGGGCCGUGCUGCAGCAAGAGGUGGUGCUCUACUGUGGCCGCCUCAUCGGCACCAACCCUGGCCUCUUCUCGGGCAUCCUCAAAAUCAGGGUCGGCUGGGUCCUCGAGGCCAUGAAACUGUGUCUGCAAAUCAGUAGCAAGGCGCAAAGGCCCGUCGAGGCUCUCAGCCCUCAGGAGCUGCGCCAACUCGUCUACAAGGUGCUCUCUGUAAAGGACUGGGCCAAGCAGGAGCGCCUCUCCACCUUGACCAGGAGAAAACUUGAAGGCUGUCUCUGCAGGGUUCCCCAAGGAUUCUACCUUCAGGUCUGGGACGUGAUGCAACGGACUCCACAGGGAGUCAGGGUCCAGGGCCGCCUCUUGGCCCAGCAGCACAUUAUGUCCAACCUGUCCAGGUCUGAGAUUGCUUUUGCCUUACUGGUCGAGGAAAUGCUGAAUUAUAUUAAGCAGCCAGAGUACAGGCAAAUCGUUGUUGAGCUGCUCUGUAUUGUGUCAAAAAUCCUACAACGCAACCCGGAGCUCAGUUUCAAAAACCUCUUGGACCUAGAUUACUUGGUUGACGAAGCCUAUCACUUGUUUUGCAAGGACCAAGGAGUGGCCGUUGGAGCAGACCGCCAGGCCUUCUACUCUGCCCCUGCUAGCCUGACAACUGGCUACCUUGCUAGGGCCACGGUCAACUCUGUACUCAGACUAGGAGAGCUGGACAUGUCAGGUACCGACCAAGUUGACAACGAUGAUGAUUCUUGUAAGGUGUCAUAAAUCACUCAAGCCAGUUAAGUCCCACAAUUGUGCCAUAGUUGGUUAUGUUUUCAAAAAUAUUAUGGUUUUGUUGUCAUAUAAUAAAUUGUUAAUCUGAGAUAAAGUAAAAAAGCUGUU